ACUCAAAGUGGUUCAGACUCCGACGGCCCGAGUCUGAAGUUCUGACUCAGAGUUGUGCAGCUGAGACAACAACACAGGAGCUUGUAAACCACUUCCAUGUAUAUUCAUUAAUACGUGCAGGUGAAGAUGGGGCUUAGUAACUUGCUGGUAUUGUCGCAGGUGACCACAUACAUCUUGACUCUCUUAUUGUCCCUCUGCAUCAUCAUCCCCAUCUUCUUCCAUCUUCAUGACUUCAAGGGCCACUGCUUGCUGUUCAGUAAUGGAACAUGGCGUGAGACAGAUGGUCAGUUCUUGGUGUCGUGGGCAUCACAGGGCUUUUGUGAUUAUAAUCUUACCUGGGCAUCUGUCUCCCUCUUAAUUGCCCUCAUCCAGACCUACAGGUUUAUAGCACAGAUUUGUCGUGGAACAGAGAGUACAUUCCUGAGUGCCUUCUUUGAUGUGGUACUGAGCAUAUUCAUGUCUAUGGCAGCCAUGGCAGGUGCACUCAUCAUCACCAUCGGCUAUCAGAUCUGGUGCAAUGCCAUCAUGUUACGUUUUGAGGCAUGUGAAGAUGCUACAAGCAACAACAUUGACAAAGAAGACGAAAUAGAUACUAGAAUGUUCUACACUCAGUUUGGAACAGCACAGUUUGGAGCAUGGACCUCAUGGGUUUGCUGGGUCGGUCUCUCCAUGUUUUCCCUGUUGAAGUUGUGCAAGUACCACCAGCAGGAGAAUAUCCGGGUGUCCAUGGCCCGUGUCCGUGCCCAGCUUACCAGGAAUCAGUGGUCACCUGUGCAGAAUGAAUCUUAAGAUAUGCUUACAGGACUUCUAGGUCUGUAAGUCAUUAGGGAACACCACAAACUCCAUAUUUACGUGAGGGAUGUACAGGAGUAUAAAAUCUGUGAGCAAAUUACGGGAGGUUGAAUGGACUUUAGAGCUGCUCUGGUAUGGUUUUGGGUUUAGAUUAUUUGACUGUUUUAUCUCAUUUGUGUUGUGUAAAGAUAUAGAGAAGGUGAUGUAUUAUUACACUGAAUAUUUUCCUAUGUGUUUGUUUUAAAUCUUUGAGUGUAAAUUCUGUGAUAGAGAAAAGGAAAAAUUAGCAUUAUCUUAUGGAAAUAGAAUGUUGCAUUGCCACAGAAAUUACAGCAAUUAAUUUUGUGUAUGAUCUUUCAAGAGAUAAUGGGGAUAAUUUCUGACCAUGUGAACCUAAUCACCCAAACCUAACCUUAUCAAAAGUGACCUAAAAUCCUUAGGGUUGGCUAGUUUUCAUCAGCUGUUAGAAUAUAUAUAGUUUUCUGCUUUCCACCCUAAUUGUAAACAUGCAAGAUCACAAACUUUAUAUUAGUAUUUAUCAUUAUGGUACUUAUGUGAAUUUCAUGCUCAUUUUUCUCCCUUUCUCUGACAUCAUAUUUAAAUUUGUUGAAUUAAAACAAACAAUUUGGGAAAGGUCCUUUAAAGAAUUAACAGUAAAAUGGUGGUAACCUUUCUCUGCACCUUUACUGACUCUUUUCAGUUAUACAGUGUUAGACAUUGAAUAGGUAAGCAUCCUCUCCUAUUAUAGUGCAUUUUUUAUCAGCUGAGAAAGGAUGCUUCACCCCUUUCUCAAGAAUUACAGCUGAUUGGCUGGAAAUACUUAGCUAAAUAUUUUUCUUGUCAGAAAUGGUCAUCCCAAUGAUUAUGAAUAAACUCAUUUAGAAAUACAUCAUUACUUCAGAAUGAAAUCGGACAGGUUUGAAACCGCCAAUCAGCUG